AUGGCGCCUUCCCCUACCCCCGCCUCUCCACACAUUCGGAACCUAUCCUCCACGGAUGUGCAACGACCCGGUACUCCGGAUAAUGACGGCCAAUCUGUCGUUUCAGAGACCAUUGAAAACACUGUAAUAGACAUUGAGCAUAUGCCCGUUCAUGAUGAUCCGCGAAAAUGGUCACGCUUUCGCAAGCACUUCAUACUGGCUGUUAUAUGUUCGGGUUCAAUGAUCGCCGGCUUUGGCGCCAGUAUACAAAAUCCUGCGAACGAAGAGAUGGAGAGGGACCUGCCUGCAACGAGCGGGGAGAUAAGCUUGAGUGUGUCGCUCUUCAUUCUCAUGCAAGGCAUUACCCCGCUCCUCUGGAGUUCUAUCAGUGAAGUCAAAGGCCGCCGGUUUGUUUAUCUCAUAUCGCUUCUCAUAUUCACUGCUGGCUCGAUUAUCGUCGCCACGAGCAAGACUAUUGGCUUAGUGAUAGGAAUGCGCUGUGUGCAAGCACUGGGGUCAAGUGCCGUUAUGACCAUCGGUACUGCUAGUCUCGCCGAUAUUUUCGACCCAGUAGAGAGGGGCUCGAAAAUGGGCAUAUACUACAUUUCCCCUCUUCUUGGUCCUUCCCUCGGUCCUGUAUUUGGUGGAAUUCUCACGACAGGAUUUAACUGGCGUGCUCCCUUUUGGUUCCUGGCCAUCCUGGCCGGCACCGUUUUUCUCUUCUUUUUGUUCUUUUUCAAAGAUACCUUUCGGCAGGAACGAAGCUUUGCAUACCAGACAGUGCUGAAGCGUCUUUUGGACGAGCGGGCGGAGAGUCUGAGGAGGGAAGAAAUAUUACAGACGAAGCUGGCGGAACGAACUGACACGAAGGAAACGAUAGAAGAUGACGGCCGUAUCUCGACUGUUGACAUAGAGAAGCAGGAUCCCACCUCGAAAACCGAUACAUUGGCUCUUCCUGCUAUAACGCUCACCUUGAAGGAUGUCGCUCCCAUUGAAACGUUAUGGCUGGUCAUCCGGCGGCGGAACAACUUCAUACUGUUGCUGGCUUCUGGUAUUUUAUUCUCCUACUGCUUUACCGUGGUAUACACGACCUCUCGCACACUGGCAAAUGCUUACGGUUAUGAUGCGCUAUACACAGGACUCGUGUUGCUUUCUUUCGGACUGGGUUCUAUGGUGGGGAGUAUAUUUGGAGGUCGCUACUCUGAUCGCGAGCUAGCAAGGCUUGCAAGAGAGAAUGGUGGUAGAGGCUGCCCUGAGAUGCGUCUCAACAGCACACUCCAUGGUCUUUGGCUCUUCCCCAUUUCCGUUGCAGGAUUCGGGUGGGUAUUGGAACGACAUGAGCACAUCGCGGGGGUAUGUGUAAUGCUGUUUCUAACUGGAGUAUUUGCAAUUUACAUUUUUUCGAGUGAAUUGGCCUACCUUGUAGAUGCAAACGUAGGUCGUUCAUCUAGUGCUGUCGCUUUUAACAGUCUCUUCCGUGGACUUGGGGCUUUCAUUGCCGUAGAGAUUGCGGUUCCCAUUCAGGUUCGUCGUGUGUUCUUCUUUCACGCCAUUUUCAGGAUUUACAACCUGUCCAAGGAUGCGCUUGGUGAUGGCUGGAUGUACACCAUAUUUGCUUUUGUACAAGUGGGCAGUGGAUUAUUGGUGCUACUGGUAAGAGCAAAGGGGGAGAAGUGGAGAAACCGAGCAGAAGCUCGCGAAGCUCAGGCAGCACAAGAGCAAGCUGCGUAA